UCAGCUUUCUCUCACGCCCCCACACCUUCAACUGUUUGGGUUUCGAGAGUGUCGGUGAGGCAGCUCGAGAGCGAGCUGCCAUUUCCCUCAGAACCCGAGCCACGAGCUCCUGAGUGUUUUGUGCUGUGUGUUUGAGAGAAAAAAAGAACCAAGCGGCUCGGCGGCAACUCCUGAUUGACUUUAGCCCGGCAACGCGCCACAGAGAGGCUCGUAAACGGGGCGGGGGGGGGGGGGAGAAUGAGAACGCGAAAGCAGCAGCAGCCCUCCUCCGUCCAGGCAGCGCUUCUAUACCAGCUACAGACGCCCGACUAGAGCAGGGGGAGCGGGAGGGGGGAGACUGAAGGGGGGUGCUGCUGAGGCAAAUUCCCUCAAUCCUUCCCACCACUCGCUCGUGCAGCCACCUACCUAACCUCACUCCACAUCUCUCCCUCCCCUCCUCUGCCUGCCUCCCUCCCUCCUCCUCUGCCUCCCUCACUCAUUCCUUCCCCCUCCUUUCCCACUCGCUCUCCCUCCUCUCCUUCCCCCCUCACUCUCUCCUGUCUCACUUUCUUCCCCCCCUUUUCCUCCCUACCACUCUCUCUUAUUUUCUUUCUUUCCCCCCAUCCAUCCCACCCCACUUUCCCCUUUCCCCCCUUUUUAUUUUUUACCUCAGCUUCUGCUGGCACUGCACUGCAGCUGCUUCCUUCGUCCUGCCUGCUUUUUCUUUCUCCUCCCAGCCCUCUCUCCACUUUCACGGGUGCCAGAUAAAUAACUCUCGCGCUCCCCUCCCCCCGCCCACAAAAAGCAGCAUCCUUUGGGGUUUUCAUUUCCCAGAUUAGCUUGAAAUAGAAGGGGGGGGGAAAGCGGGACGAGCCCCCUUUCCUCCUCCCCCUCCCUGCUCCCCCCCCACCCCUGAAGGGAGAAGCCAGUUAUCCUUCCAGCAGCAGCGGCGGCAGCAAACAUGAUGGCGGCAGCUCCCAUCCAGCAGAACGGGACCCACACCGGGGUGCCCAUAGACUUGGACCCGCCGGACUCUCGGAAAAGACCACUUGAAGCUCCCCCUGAAGCCGGCAGCACCAAGAGGACCAACACGGGCGAGGACGGCCAAUAUUUUCUAAAGGUCCUCAUACCUAGUUAUGCGGCUGGAUCUAUAAUUGGGAAGGGAGGACAGACAAUUGUUCAGUUGCAGAAAGAGACUGGGGCUACCAUCAAGCUCUCUAAAUCCAAAGAUUUUUACCCAGGUACAACAGAGCGGGUGUGUCUGAUCCAGGGAACAGUGGAAGCACUAAAUGCAGUUCAUGGCUUCAUUGCUGAAAAAAUUCGAGAAAUGCCUCAAAAUGUGGCCAAGACAGAACCAGUUAGCAUUCUACAGCCUCAGACCACCGUCAAUCCAGACCGCAUCAAACAAACAUUGCCAUCAUCCCCAACUACCACCAAGUCCUCUCCAUCUGAUCCCAUGACCACCUCCAGAGCUAAUCAGGUAAAGAUUAUAGUUCCCAACAGCACAGCAGGUCUGAUAAUAGGGAAGGGAGGUGCUACAGUCAAGGCUAUAAUGGAGCAGUCAGGGGCAUGGGUACAGCUUUCCCAGAAACCUGAUGGGAUCAACUUGCAAGAGAGGGUUGUCACUGUAAGCGGAGAACCUGAACAAAACCGAAAAGCUGUUGAACUUAUCAUCCAGAAGAUACAAGAGGACCCACAGAGUGGCAGCUGUCUCAAUAUCAGCUAUGCUAAUGUCACAGGUCCAGUGGCCAAUUCCAAUCCAACCGGAUCUCCUUAUGCAAACACUGCUGAAGUAUUGCCAACAGCUGCAGCUGCUGCAGGGCUAUUAGGACAUGCAAACCUUGCUGGAGUUGCAGCCUUUCCAGCAGUUUUAUCUGGCUUCACAGGCAAUGACCUGGUUGCCAUCACCUCUGCACUUAAUACGUUAGCCAGCUAUGGAUAUAAUCUCAAUACGUUAGGUUUAGGCCUAAGUCAGGCAGCAGCUACUGGGGCUUUGGCUGCAGCAGCUGCCAGUGCCAACCCAGCAGCAGCAGCAGCCAAUUUGUUGGCCACCUAUGCGAGUGAAGCCUCAGCCAGUGGCAGUACUGCUGGGGGUACGGCGGGGACAUUUGCAUUAGGUAGCCUGGCUGCUGCUACUGCUGCAACAAAUGGAUAUUUUGGAGCUGCUUCUCCUCUAGCUGCCAGUGCCAUUCUAGGAACAGAGAAAUCCACAGAUGGCUCAAAGGAUGUAGUUGAAAUAGCAGUGCCAGAAAACUUAGUUGGUGCAAUACUUGGGAAAGGAGGGAAAACAUUAGUAGAAUACCAAGAGUUGACUGGUGCAAGGAUACAGAUCUCCAAAAAAGGAGAAUUCGUACCUGGCACAAGGAAUCGGAAGGUAACCAUUACUGGAACACCAGCUGCAACCCAGGCCGCACAGUAUUUAAUAACACAACGGAUCACGUAUGAGCAAGGAGUUCGGGCUGCCAAUCCACAGAAAGUGGGUUGAUUGUGCUAAACGUGAGAUUGUUUUAAACCCUCCUUA